AUGGACAGACUCGGGGUUGCUCAGCUGGGAUCUGUUGGAAGCCAGGUGUACAUUUCGGCUACCACUUGUUCCUUCUAUCAGUGCUUCCGGCUCAAAGAGGACAAGAAGACGAGAGCAAGCAUUAGCAUGUAUCGUGGUCAGCCAUGUUGGGGCCGUCUCUCGAGGCAGUUUUGUGUGGCGCCUAGCUCAUCUGUCCAGCCCAAGUCUGUUCUGUCGGACAAAGUGUUGAAGUGUGGAAAUGCCCACUUCAGUCGCAUUUGGUUAGCUUAA